AACAAAAGAAGGCCUUAAAAGAGUGUUAAAAAUCCAAGAAAAAGUGCAGAGGAGGUGAUUUCCGGAAGAUAGUGCGAUUCACGGGCAAAGUAUAUUCCGACGCUACAGCCGCCGUUCAGUUCUGUGGGCACAGCCGUGGUCGCAUUCUCACGUGGUCACGUGGAUCGGCCCUGUUCAUCGUCCGCUUGCAUCAGGCCGCCAUCUUCCAAUGCCCGCCGAAAUCCACAUAGCCAAACUAGGAUCGCUCGACGUUUCCGUCUUUCAACCAUCGCCGCAGUCGAUCGGCUGUUCCAAUCGGGCCUCGAUCCCUGAUCGGCCAAGACAAGUCGUCAUCGCCGCGUGCCGUCUAUGACGAUCAGCGAUUUCCUCGAUGCUAUCCGCCAUCACGAUUUCCUCGAAGCCACCAAACUGUCAGCUACCACCACCAGGAUCCGGAUCCCAACGAAACAAACCAAAUUUCUGCUUUGUUUGCAAUACCCGAGAGGAACCAGGUUGUUUAGCUCCUUUGGAUACCACGCUGGUCCGCGACUGUGUCGGUGCCAACAACAACACAUGCUUCACACGAAUCGUCAACCGUGAAGUUGAGCGGGGGUGUUUCGCCACACUGAGUAUUGCGGACGCUGCCAAUUGUAACAGUGAUACCAAUUGUGAGCUCUGUCAUGAUUUGGUAAACCAGGGUCGUUGCAACGCUGCUAUAUUCCCGGAACAUAGGCUCCACUGUCAUCAGUGCACGGGUGCAACGAACGAAUCAUGUGCACAGGAAAUAUUAGCCACUCCUGCCGUGUGCAGAUUUUUUGAUGUGACGGAUCAAUGCUACGUGCGUGUUUCCGGGGAUCGUGUUGAGCGCGGUUGCUUAUCGGAAAGCGACUUCUGUAGAAUCGAAAGCAGUUGCACUCUAUGCGACGGAAACGGUUGCAACUUCAGACAUUACGAAGAUGGUGCUAUGAGCAUUAUCGUUUCAAUUAAGACACUGGCGAUGGCUCUGGUUGCGACCAUAGCAUAUGGAACUCUCAGACAGUAACUGUAAAAUACAGAACCAGUGCACAAUGUUUUCUGCCCCCAAAAAUCGAAAUUAAAAAUGAUUUGACCUUGAAACGUUGAUUUUAGAGGUUCAGUGGACUUGGAAACAUGUUUUAUUAGACAAUCCCUAUACUGCCGUAAUCUGAAAAAGUGACGUAUGCGCUAAAUUACAACAUACUAGUUUUCCAUUUUUCUGUUAAAGAGCACGAUGAGUACUACUCGUUAACACCAUUUUCGGAAAAUGGUUAAAGCGUCACUUUUUCACAUUACGGCAGUAUGUUAUGAUUGGUGGAUUAAAAUGUGAUUGAAAUAAGAUGGAAAUUCGCUUUUCUGUACAGAGAUACAAACAACAAUCAUUAAUUGAAAAUUUUGGUAAUUUUAGGUUCAUAAAUUUUCAGCUUUCGGUCUUUACUAGCAAUAAAAACGUUCUUCUACGCCCGACAUUUCAAUGAUUUAUUCCAUCUUUUUCAAGGGUUCUAUUAAAAGAUUGGCAGAUAAUAAUAAUUCAGAGAUGACAUAAAAGUUGCACAACUUCCAGGAAAUACUGCUUUUUAUCAUAAAAAAUGACCAAAUAUCGUUAAUUUCAAAAUCAUUAACAGGUAAACAUUCAUCACUAUUCAAUACAACAUAUUAAUGACAAUUACUAACAUUGAACAAAAUAUUGAGAUUUGUAUUCAUGAAAAUCUGGGUGCUUAUUCACUACUUUGCUGAUAGGCAGUAAUAUUCGUUUUCAACUGUCAUUUUGUCUAUUUAAAAAAAAAAAGUUUUAGUGGUAGGGUAACCGUACCCUUAGUGGAGGUAGCACCAAUAGUGGAGGUAGUGGGGUUUUAAUGAGAUUUAUCAUAUUUAUACACUUUACGAUGGUUUCAGUUGAUGCAUCGUGCUUCAAAUAUCCUGUUAAAUGCAACUUAUCUUGAGAUUUCGCUUGAAAAACUAUUGAAAACAAUGAUUUUCCUUAACAAAAUUGACUCCCUUGCACCUAUAGUGGUGCAACUGUACCAAUAGUGGCGAAUCUCAUAAGAAACCAAUGGAUAGCACCACUAUGGGAACCAAAAUUAAUUUUUACCGCCACUAAAGGAACAGUGUACCCAUAGUGGUGCAAGCAAUAUUUGGUAAUUAUUGAUGUUAAAUGACAUCUAUCUCAUUUUUGUUAGCAAAUUCAUUAGUUUAUCUAUUGAAUAAGAUAUUAAAGCAUUAAAUUUCCCAUAAUUAUCAAUUUUUAAAAAAUAUUUUCUUUUGUGGAUCUACUAAUACCUCCACUAUUGGUACCGUUACCCUACCUUUGCACGAAUUUUAAACACACUGAAAACAAGAAUUGGAACAGAUAACCGUAUAGAACCAAAAACCAGACAAGGGCCAACAAUAAUGAUAAUGACACUCGAUAGAUAGAGAACACUCAAAUUGCACACAUCAUCUAGACACUUACGACUUUUUUUUAAUAGAUAAUUACAAAAUGACAGUUGAAAACGAAUAUUACUGGCUAUCAGCAAAGUAGUGAAUAAGCACCCAGGUUUUCAUAAAAUUUAAUUGCAAUAUUUUGCUCAAUGUCAGUAAUUGUCAUUAAUAUGUUGCAUUGUAAAGUGAUGAAUGUUUAACUGUUAAUUGUUUUCUAUAAGUUUUGUGCAAAUUGUAUGUCAUCUCAGAAUUAUUUGUAAUAUUCCAAUCUCUUAAUAGAUCCUUGAAAAAUAUGGAAUAGACCAUUGUAGUUUCAAUUGCCAGUAAAUACUGAAAGCCGAAAAUGUAUUAGUGAGAUUUAAACAGUCGAGCGCCUAUUGAGGUAAUUUUGGGCUGAGAUGGAAAAUAUAUGUUCAAUUUAAUAACUAGAAAUUGAGAUUAUGAUCCUCAAACAUAGCAAUUUUGUAUGAAAAUCAGCGAAGGUGUUAUAAUUAUUUACGGGAGUGAAUUCAUAAAUCAUAAUUUUAUUCAAUUUAUCAGGUUUGACCAACGAAUAGGCUUUUCCAAAGUCUUAUCCUCUAGUCUAAAAUAAACUGUUCAGGGUCAAAGCAUUUUCGGUCACGAAUUUCUAGGUCAAAAAUCACUGUACAGUGUUCGUAUGUUGACCGAUUGUAUUCCACAUUUCAUAAGCAUCCAUCAAUCACGUUCUGAAACAUAUGAUUUGAUAGAAUUUUGUUCAAAAAGAUUGCCAUUACUUUGAUUAUUUAAACAUAGUUCCUAGAAUAAAGAUUACCAAUAACUACGUGUCAAAUAGAGACUUAA